GCUUCGCCUCCACGUGGACCGGCUUCCGGAUGGCGUCUUGUGGAUUGCGUACGCCGUUGUCAAGAAGAGCCGAAGUCUAGAAGGACCCGGUUUGAACAUUGUCUCCCGCUCGGGUUUUCUCGCUUGCAGCUCCCUUUCUCUUCGGACAGAAUAAAAAGUCAUGGGCAAGAAUAAGGCAAAAGGAUUGAAACAAACCAAUGUAUUCCAUAUAGCCAAUAAAAAAAUAUUAAAGGCUAAAAGUAAAACAAAACCAGUGGCAACCAAUCUAAAAAAGAUAAAUAUUGUGAAUGAUGAAAAAGUUCACAAGAUAGACAAGGUAUUUACAGAAAUACAGAAAAAUGUUAAACAGUUAUCCAAAACUGUUCCAUCAGUUUCUUCAAAGAAACUUCAGAUUCCAAUGUCUCAGGAAGACAAACCGGCUAAUGUGGAUGCUGCUGCUAACUUAUUUUCUCAGUUGUAGCCCAAAUCAAUAUAGCGAUGUGAAAAUUACCGUACAUCUUUUGAUACAGAAUGGAAAACAUAGCUUUCAACACUGGAAAUCUAUUUGCCUAAGUGUAUACAAUAAUGUUGGAAGGAAUGACUGGUUUUAUAUAAUAAAUUAGAAAAACAAUCCUCCCCAAAGUGGCAGCAUUCAAGCAAUUGAAGAAAUAUUCCAA